GUGGAGGGGUGGAGGGGUGGGGGUGCGGCUCCAGGAAACGGCGCGCUCGCAAUUCGGAGCUCCGACCAGCUCGACGCGCCGCGACGGCCCGGCAGACUCAGCCAGCCCACCAGGCGGACCCCGGCGGCCACCCCAACAAGCACAGCCUAGGUCCGAACCUCAGACGUAUCUUCUCGGACGGGGCGGACAGAUCAGGCGACAUAGAAAGGGGCUCCAGAGACCAUGGGGACCCUGGCUGGGCCAGCAGUGGUGGGCGAGAGGGAGUCCCGAGCCUGAGAAGAGGUCUGGGAGAGCUGCUCGGCCAUGACUUCAGUGUGGAAGCGCCUGCAACGGGUGGGCAAGCGGGCCGCCAAGUUCCAGUUUGUGGCGUGUUACCAUGAACUGGUGUUGGAGUGCACCAAAAAAUGGCAGCCCGACAAGCUGGUGGUGGUAUGGACUCGGAGGAACCGACGUAUCUGCUCCAAGGCCCACAGCUGGCAGCCUGGCAUCCAGAACCCUUACCGUGGCACUGUGGUGUGGAUGGUUCCUGAGAACGUGGACAUCUCUGUGACCUUGUACAGGGACCCUCACGUGGACCAGUAUGAAACCAAAGAAUGGACUUUUAUUAUUGAAAAUGAAUCCAAAGGACAGCGGAAGGUACUGGCCACAGUUGAUGUGAACCUGGCCCAACAUGCGGGGCCCGUGCCCGCUCAGGUUCCACUUCGAUUGCGGCUGAAGCCCAAGUCUGUGAAGGUAGUGCAUGCUGAACUGAGCCUCACCCUUUCUGGGGUGUUGCUGCGUGAAGGCCGUGCCACGGACGAUGAUAUGCAGAGUCUGGCCAGCCUCAUGAGUGUGAAGCCUAGUGAUGUGGGAAACUUGGAUGACUUUGCCGAGAGUGAUGAGGAGGAAGCCAAUGGCCCUGGGGCUCCUGAGGUCCGGGCUGGAGGUCCCCAGUCAGGCCGGGGCUGUGCCCUGAGACUGGGGCGUUUCCCAGAUCGGUCUCGAGAGCUGAAGACACUCUGUGAGGAAGAAGAUGAAGGGCACAUUCAGCCCCAGCAGGCAGCUGCCAGGCCCUCUAGUGCUGAAGACACCAGCUGUGCCCCUGUGAGUGCCCCUGCGCCCCUGGCAAGGGCCUUCCGGGGCCAAGGGUCAGAACCAGCUGCUAUAGCCGGGGGCCAGGUGGGGCCUGAAACCCCAAGGCCCCCACCAUCCCCACCAGAGACAAGGUCAACUGGGCAGCCAGAUCAGAACAUGGUCCCCACCCCAGCCCCUCGGCUCCGGAAAGGCUCUGAUGCACCCUGGUCCCCAGUCCCCUGCAGGGGGGAUGAGAUCCCCAAUACCUCAGAGGAUCCUCCAACAGGAAUGGGCUCUUCUGGGGAGACCCAGACCCAAAUAAGCUCUCAGAAAGGGACAGAGGCCCAUGGAGCCAGGCCAGAACCAGACAUUGAGGUCAGAGGCUCCAAAGACGAUCUGGGAGGAGACAGAUCCAAAGUUGAAGAGGGGGACACUGGGGACAUGCCAGGGCCUAGUGGGGCAGAGAAUAGAGAGAAGGGCACUAAGAAGUCGUACACCACAGCUGGCGAGGCUGAAGAGAGCUCAAAACGUCAUCAAGUAGAUGCUGAGCAGAAGUCAAAGGUACAACAUAGAGCCACAGAGGGACCAGAGGCUGCAGGGCUGGUGCCCAAGGCAAGACCUGGGGAAACUCCUGAGGCCCCACCUAGGAGUGCUCAGAGGAGAAUGGGGGUUAGGACUCAGGAAGAGGCUCCCAGUGACCUGAACCCCCCUCCAGCUGAGCCUGAAGAGCAUCUAGGGGAUCUCAGGGAUGCCAGGCCGGCAGGCCAGGAGAAAGAAAGCACAGAGGUGAGGGGUAGAGCCCCCGCCAUUGGGAGGACAGGCCUGGAGCAGGGCCCCUCUGCUGGAGCAGCUGGUGCUGGGCCCCAGGUGAGCUGUUUUCAGGGAGUCCCGUCAGUUGGCCAAGGGGUGGUAUCUAGAGAUCAGAAGGCCCAGGAGGCAGAAGUUGGGGAGCCAAGGGUUCUAGAAACAGAGGCUGAGUGGGUGCCAUGGGAGGUUAUAGGGACACCAGAGACAAAUGCUGGCUCACUAGAGUCCCCAGAUAUAGAGACUGGCACAGCAAAAUCUGAAAUAUUGAAGGCCCAAGAGUCAGAAGCAGCAAGGUCAGAGGUCCUGGAGUCAGAGGCUACUGGAACAGCAGAGUCUGAGGUGUUGAGGACUCAGGAUAAAGAGAUUGUGGUUCUGGGGAUGCUAAGGACAGGAGCUGAGAUCAGGGAGCCUAAGGAAUUUGGGAUCCAGAAAACAGAAGUUGGAGGUUCUGCAGUUCCAGAUACUAAAACAGUAACGGCAGAAACUAAGACAUUAGAAGCCCAGGGGAUAGCAGAUGGUGGGGCCUGUGUGUUGAAGAUACAGGCUGAGGUAUUGGGAACCCAGAAGACAGAGGCAGGGGAGGCAGAAACUGGAAUACUGCAGACCCGGAAGGUAGCAGCUGAAGGUUGGCAGGCUCCAGUGGUGGAGGCAGAGAUGGUGGAGUCUGAUGAAUUGGGGAUGCAGGAGACAGAGGUGGAGAUUGGUCGGAUUCCAAGAGUAGAGACUGAAACAGCAGGAACCGAGACAUUGGGGGUCCACAGAAUAGCAUUUGAGGAUUCUGGGUCCCCACAGAUGCAAUCUACAAUAGUAGGGGACCAGGAGAUCGAUGUUUCAGUGACAGAGACAGCAGAAGAUGCUAUACUGGGGACCCAGGAGCUAGCAGCAGGUCAUGGAGUACUUGUGAUAGAAGCUGAGCUACCAGAAUCCAAGAUUGACAGGUCCCUGGAGACAGAGGAAAGAGGUUUAGGGGUUCUAGAUACUGGGACAGCAGAAACCAAGAUCUCAGGGACACCAGAGAGAGCACCAGGGGUUUGUAAGGUGCUGGGAAUAGGAGCUGAGGUAGCCAGGGUCUUGGAAGAGGAGGCUGGCUCUUCAGAAGUCCCAGAGACAGAAGCUGAAGAAACUGAGACACGGGGAGCCAAGGAGCUGUGUGGGAGUUCUGCGGCACUGAGAGUUGUGUCUGGGAGACCAGAAUCUAAGAUAUUAGGGGCCCAGAAGACAGAGGUGGGAGGCACUGGGCUGUCACAGGCAGAGGUUAGAGGGACAGAGUCGGAAAUAUCAUCUGAGGGUUCAGGGGGUCCAGAGUUGGAAGAUAAGUUGGAAGAGUCUGAGAUACUGGGGGCCCAGGAGAGAAAAACAGAGGCUCGGGAGCUCUCAGAGGUAGAGACAGUGAAUCCUCAGUUCACUGGGACCCAGAAGGACUUGGAGAUCACAGAAUCAGAAGCUAAGACAGUAAAGUCCGGGAUUCCGGAAGCCCAGGAGACAGAAGCAAAGACAGCUUGGACCCAAGAAAUAGAGCCAGGGGAUGCUGGGGUCUCCAGGCCAGAGGCCGAGGCACCGAGGGCCCAGUGGACAGAACCUAUAGUUUUGGAGUCAGGGGAGGUAAAGACUGACAUUUUGGGGGUCCAGAAACCUGGGGCUUGGGGAGCUCUUAAAUGUGAGGCCUUAGGAGUCCCUAUGACUAAGCAAGGGUUUUCUGGGGCCAAGGAAGUAGUGCCAGAGGUAUCCAGAGUACAAGAGCCAGAAACUAAAGUUUUGGGGAUAGAAGAAGCCAAAUCUUGGACUUUGGGGCAACAGAAAGCAGAGAGGGAGGGGUUUGAAUCUCCAGAGAAUAAAUCUGAUAUUUUUGAGGCCCAGGAAACAGAAUCUGGGGUCUUGGGAACCAUGAAGGGGAAAGAAGCCGAUGAAAGCCUCAAGGAGGCCAGCCUGAAUAAGGCACAAGUGGCCAGUGAGGCAGGGGCUGGGGUACCCAGGCCCUCAGGGGCCUCUUCCCCAGAGGAGCCUGAAGAGGACAGGAGGCUGCCGGGCAGCCAGGCACCAUCUGCCCUGGUCAGCUCCAGCCAGUCCCUGUUGGAGUGGUGCCAAGAGGUCACCAAGGGCUACCGUGGUGUCUGCAUCACCAAUUUCACCACAUCCUGGCGCAACGGCCUGGCCUUCUGUGCUAUUUUACAUCGAUUCUACCCAGACAAGAUUGACUAUUUCUCCCUUGAUCCACUCAACAUCAAACAGAACAACAAGCAGGCUUUUGAUGGCUUCGCUGCCCUGGGCGUGUCUCGGCUGCUCGAGCCAGCGGACAUGGUGCUUCUGUCCGUACCUGACAAGCUCAUCGUCAUGACGUACCUGUGCCAGAUCCGUGCCUUCUGCACUGGGCAGGAGCUGCAGCUGGUGCAACUGGAGGGCGGCGGUGGCUCUGGCACUUAUCGUGUGGGAAACGCCCAGCCGAGCCUGCCGGACUGCCUAAACGCAGGAGACCUGGCGCAGCGGCUACGCGAACAUGGGGCUGAAGCGUCUACAGAGCCUAAGGAGGCUGUGAACCGCGGGACUGGGGCAAUACCCAAGGUAGCCUCCAGGGACACGGACCUGGGCUCCUCCUCUAAGGAUGGGGAGGCCGAGGUUGCCCAGGAAGCAGUCCCUCAAGAGGCAUCCUCCGACGGCCCUAGAGCCAGGUCGUCCACAUCCCCCGUGGUCCCCACAGAGGGGCUGGUGAAUGGAGUUGGGGCGCCGGCUUCUGUGAGUGGUGUGAGACUGAGACGGUCCUCGGUCAAUGGGGAGGCUGGGCCAGUACCUCCACCCCGAGCACAUGGCUCUUUCUCCCACGUGCGUGACGCUGAUUUGCUAAAGAAGAGGCGAUCCAGACUAAGGAAUAGCAACUCCUUCUCGGUGGAUGACCAGGAUUCUGGAACUGCAGUUGGAGCAGGGCCUGCAGGAUCUGGGGCUGUGGAAGGCCCAAACCCUGACUCCAGCCUUGACUCUGGCACACUCACAGCCACAGCCCCACAGCAGCCACCCAGUGGGAACCCUCCUACUGAGGAAUCAUCCCCUAACCCCGGGGAAGAGGCUGGCCAACAACGGUUCCAGGACACAAGUCAGUACGUGUGUGCAGAGCUGCAAGCCCUGGAACAGGAGCAGGGACAGAUAGAUGGGAGGGCCGCUGAGGUGGAGAAGCAACUGAGGAGCCUCAUGGAAUCAGGUGCCAACAGGCUGCAGGAGGAGUUGCUGAUCCAGGAAUGGUUCACCCUGGUCAACAAGAAGAACGCGCUCAUUCGGAGGCAGGACCAGCUGCAGCUGCUCAUCGAGGAGCAGGACUUGGAGCGGAGAUUCGAACUGCUGAGCCGUGAGUUGCGGGCCAUGCUGGCCAUUGAAGAGUGGCAGAAAACAGUUGCACAGCAGCACCGGGAGCAACUCUUGUUGGAGGAGCUGGUAUCACUGGUGAACCAGAGGGAUGAACUGGUCCGGGACCUGGACCAGAAGGAACGAAUCGCUCUGGAGGAAGAUGAGCGCCUAGAACGAGGCCUAGAGCAGCGGCGUCGAAAGGUGAGCCGGCAGCUGAGCAGGCGGGAACGCUGCACCCUGAGCUGAGCCUCCUGUCCAGUUAGUCGUGGACCCUCCUCGUCACUCCCCCGCCUGUACAGCGGAGGACAGGCCCCCCCAUGCUCCUCCAGCGGGCGGAAGCAAGACCGAUCAGAUUCUCGGACUGGAGCAGUGAGCCUACCAGGCAGUAUUUAUUUAUCCGAGUGUAUGUGAGUGUGUGGCGGUGGCCAGGAUCCCCCAAGCAAGGGAUGGUGUGGGAACGACACCCACGUCCUCCUUCCCUUCUGAAGGGAGCAAUAAAGUUGAACUACAACAAA